AUGUAUGCAGAGACUGGGUUAUUGUUUCCCUAUAUGCAGAAUUUCUCUCAAGAUAUUCAACAGCUUGAAGAGUAUUGCAAGUAUCAAAAGACCAAUGCUUCCAUGAGUAACCUACUCCAGACCACCAUAUCAGAAUAUGAUCUAGGAGAUGAAGGAGAUCUGUUCAAAGCUCCUGAACCUAUCAUUGAAGAGCCACUUGUGGGCAUUGAUCCCAUGACGGCAGCCAUUUCCAUGAUCACCUGUGGGCAAGAAGUCAUCACUUCACAGGGACUAAAGGCGGCAGAUAUUGAAUCAAUUCGAAAUGAGCAGCUAUUGAAUGAGGUUUUCUAUGAAUGCAAGAAGGACCUUCUGGAAAAAUCAGCAAUGGAAACGCCAUCACUUGCAGAGCUUCUGGAUAUCAAGAUUCCUAUUGUGAGGACCGAUGAAAACCACAUUCAAGAGAACAAAUUGCUCCCUGAUGCUGCACUAUCAAAAAGUGUCAGCUCAGGAUGUUUGAGUUCAAUGGAGUGGGUGCAUGGUGCUGCAGUGAAGCCAAGUUUUCUGGAUUUUCCAGGAAUUGAUUUUGAAAAUGCUUAUGGGAUGCGAAGAGCCUACAGCGAAGGAGACAUAAAGACUCUUGCUAAUGGUAACAUGAGCCUCAUCCAUUCUCCUCUUGACCGACCAUUGAUUAUCAACAAUUGCUCUGCCGAGGACCGCCGUGAAAAGCUUUCAAGAUACAGGAAUAAGAAGACAAAGAGGAACUUUGGCAGGAAGAUUAAGUAUGCUUGCAGGAAGGCUCUUGCAGACAGUCAACCAAGGAUCCGAGGAAGGUUUGCAAAGACGGAAGAAGGCGAUGUUUCCAAGAGGCAAUACUGA